CGUGCGCUGCAUUGAGUACGGCGACUGCAGCUAAUACAAUGGCGAAGUCAAAGCAGGCCAAAGCAGUCAAUUCGCACGAUGUUAUUCAGCAGCCGACGCCGCCAGCGCAGGACUAUGACGAGAGCGAAGAUGUGGAAAUGAGCGACGAAUCUGAGGCCGAGAUCGUGGUGGAUGGCGAGCCUGAGAAAGAUGAGACGGAAGAAGAGCUCGAGCGAUUGGUCUUCGGCGACAGCACCGCCUUUCGGGAUGGACUACGAGACUUUGAUCCAGAGGCUGAGGACGAAAACAUUGCCGAUUACGAUGCGACAACGGGACUCGAAGGUCUGGACGAUGCUCAACUCUUCUUCACCGAUACAGGCGAUGAUUCGUUACGGGCUCCUGCACAGGAUGAACACAGCGACCGCGACGAGACAUUACAUUCGAUACAGCCUGCAGCGUGGGACGACAGUGACGAUGAACGGACUUUGGUCUCACUGGCAUCGGUGCCACGACUGCGGAAGCUGAGGAACACUGAGGCUGAAGAUGUGGUCACUGGCAAAGAAUACAGCAGAAGAUUGAGAAAGCAGUUUGAAUUGCUGAAUCCAACACCACAGUGGGCACAGACUGCACUGCAGAGGCCAGCGAAGAAGAAGCGACGCACCUCAGACUAUGUUGGGUCAGACGAGGAUGUCUCUGAGAACGACAUGGACAUUGAUGGAGAUCUACCCUCCACUGCACCUCUGGACCAACUGCUACAGGACGCCGCGUCCUUGGUACGACAAGCAGGACCAGGAGCUGGCAAGAAGCGCAAGAUCCGACCCGAAGUUAUCGACAUACAGCGACAGAAGGAUAUUCCUGGAGUGCAGCCUAGUGCCAUCACUUCAUUGUCUUUCCACCCCACGUUACCUCUGCUACUCUCCUCUGGCCCGUCCUCAACACUCUACCUCCAUCAUCUUGCGAACUCGCCGCCCGCGCCAUCGCCGAACCCACUUCUCACCAGCCUGCACGUUCGAGGGUCUCAGCUUACCACAACCGCUUUCCAUCCUCACGACUCUCGCAUAUUCCUCUCCGCACGCCGAAAGUACUUCCAUGUCUGGAACCUCAACACUGGUCAAGUUGAGAAGAUCACGCGAGUCUACGGCCAGCAGCAUGAGCAAAAGAGCAUGGAGCAUUUUAAGCUGUCUCCAGAUGGGCGGUAUAUGGCACUUCAGGGCUCAACGAAGAAAGGUGGUGGUAUCAUUAAUCUACUGGAUGCUACAACACUGCAAUGGGUGACGCAGGUGCGAAUCGAAGCUCGAGGAGGGAUAGCGGAUUUCGCAUGGUGGCGAGACAGCCGAGGACUGUGCAUAGCAGGGAAGAACGGCGAGGUCAGCGAAUGGAAUCUGUCCGAACAACGAGUUGUGGCCCGAUGGCAAGACGAAGGUGCUGUGGGCACGACGACACUCGCGCUCGGCGGGCAUCAUGAGGUGUCUAAGGGGCUCAUUGGAACUGAUCGCUGGAUAGCUGUUGGCAGCAGUUCCGGUAUCGUGAACGUAUACGACCGACGAGUAUGGCUGGGAGACUCUCCGAAGAGUGUACGAGAGAUCCCUGCGACGCCGAAGCCAACACGAGCUUUGGAUCACCUUACCACGCCGACAUCACAUUUGGCAUUUUCGCCUGAUGGCCAGAUUCUUGCAAUGGCAUCAAAAUGGAAGCGAGAUGCAAUGAGACUUGUACAUCUACCCAGCUGUACAGUGUUCAGAAACUGGCCAACGAGCCAGACACCGCUCGGACGAAUUACUGGCGUAGCUUUUGCAGAUGGCGGCGUGGUGCAGGGUUCAGACGCACACAGUGUGCUCGCUGUGGCCAACGAGCAGGGUAAGAUUCGAGUUUGGGAGAUUAGGUAG